CGUGUGGAAAGUUUACCGGCUCGGGUGCAAAGUUUCAGCCGUCUGCAAACCGAACCGGAGCUCGUCGUCGGUUCAACGUAUCUGGAAUAUAAGCGGGCGGUCGACGACGACAGUUUCAUUUAACACGGUAACUAGUGUUUAAUUUUACCCGGUUGUUUGUUUAAAGGAAGUAUCCUGAGUGAUGCUGCCGUCGCUUCAUCACAGACGCUGUUAGCAUCGACUGUAUUGUCUCAGCUAGCUCAGUUAGCUCGAGAGCUAGCGGAGAGCGAACUAUCGAACGUCGCCGCGAACUAACUCGCCUGUGAAGAAGAAGAAGAAGGAGAAGGAGGAAAAUGACUUGCGAACCGAACCGCGCCAGGCUGCUCUGCAUGCUCUCCUUGACUUUCGGGUUCUUCAUCGUGGAGGUGGUGGUCAGCCGGAUGACCUCCUCCUUAUCGAUGCUGUCGGACUCCUUCCACAUGCUGUCGGACGUCAUCGCGCUGGUCGUCGCUCUGGUCGCGGUGCGCUUCGCCGAGAAGACCGAGUCGACCAACAAGAACACGUUCGGCUGGAUCCGCGCGGAGGUGAUGGGCGCGCUGGUGAACGCGGUGUUCCUCACGGCGCUGUGCUUCACCAUCGUGCUCGAGGCGGUGGAGCGCUUCACGCAUCCGCAAGAGAUCGAGAGCCCGCUGAUGGUGGCCGGGGUCGGUGCUGCGGGGCUGCUGGUCAACCUGCUGGGGCUCUGUCUGUUCCACGGACACGCUGGAGGAGGAGGACACGGGCACUCACACGGAGGAGGAGGAGGAGGAGGAGGAGGUCACUCUCACGGGAGUAAGAACAGGAACAAGAGAGGGAAGACCCAGAAGGCUGGAAACGGAUCCUCAUCAGGAGAGGAGACCAACAACCUGGUGGGGAACCACAACAGCCCCAGAAAUGAAAUCAGCUGUAAAGACGGCACAGAUGUGCAGAUGAAUGGCAACACCCACUAUGAGGAGAUGGACCAUGAACACGAAGCGGCGUCGCAGCUCAACAUGCGCGGCGUCUUCCUGCACGUGUUGGGUGACGCCCUCGGCUCUGUCAUCGUGGUGGUCAAUUCUCUCAUAUUCACCUUUGUGUGGCAGCCCUGCAUAGACGGUGAGACGUGUAUUAAUCCGUGCAUCGACAGCCACACCACGGACCACCAGCAUGUCAACCACACGCUGGUCGACCUGCUGGACGGCCCCACCAUGUCGGCCAUGAAGUUCGCCGGCCCAUGCUGGGUCCUCUACCUGGAUCCCACGCUCUGUAUCAUCAUGGUGUGCAUCCUGCUGUACACCACCUACCCGCUGCUCAAAGAGUCGGCGCUCAUCCUGCUGCAGACCGUGCCCAAGCAGAUCAACAUGCACCGGCUCAACGAGCGUCUGCUCGGCCUGGAGGGCGUCCUGGCCAUCCACGAGCUGCACAUCUGGCAGCUGGCCGGCAGUCGCAUCAUCGCCACGGCGCACAUCAAGUGCCACGACCCCACGUCCUACAUGGAGGUGGCCAAGCGCAUCAAGGACUUCUUCCACGACGAGGGCAUCCACGCCACCACCAUCCAGCCCGAGUUCGUCACGUUCAACUCGGAGUCUCGGGACUCGCUCUGCGAGCUCUCCUGUCGGACUCAGUGUGCUCCCAAGCUGUGCUGCGGCUCCGCAGACAAACAGAACGCUGAUAAGAAGGCCGGCGGUGAGUGCAAGGCUGCCGCCGCCGCCUCGGCCCUGGAGGUGAUCAGCGAGACCCCGGACCAGGCCGCUGGCGUUGAGGUGCUCCCUCGGUCCGAGGCCGAGAUCACCAUCGCUAGAGAGGUGGAGUCGUCUCUGUGAGAUGGAGGGGGUAGAGAGAAACAGAGGGGAAGCUGGAAAACCACCAUACCAGACUGAAAUCACUGUCAUGUUAUCUUUCUGACCGCUCGUGGCCCUACCAAGAGAUCAUUUUCCAUAACUUUUAUUCUCCGUCAUCACCCCCCCUAUUACGGCUGCUCUGUGUUCAUGCAUUUGAGCCAUUUCUUUCUCUGUAUACCUAUCUCCCCCUUCCCUCCCUCCCAGCCUCUCCUCUGUCUCUUGUCGCCCUGGCAGUAUGGUGGCGAUGCAUGUCGGGGUUCACUGACCUUAUCUCCUCCAGGACUGGAGCGAGGCCUGCAUGAGUGUCCCUCAUUAGCACCGUGUUGUGAUGCGUCAUCUCGUCCCAAUGGUGUUUCUGUGUGCCAAAGCUUCUCACUGCAGGACUUGAAGGGAUCUGAGAGACCGUCCUCUCCUCCAAAAAGGACACACUCAACACAUGCAAGUCGGAGCACACAUCACUAGGUUAUGUUGUUUAGCCUUUGGACCUGUUGGCAAACACCUUAUUUGUUUGUUUUUUUGCGUAGGCUUUGAGCAGAUCUAUUUUCUUACCCUCUGGCCCCAAAUGGAAGAGUAUUGUAUUGCAUAAUAAUUUAACUAUUUUUAAGUUAUUAGAAAUGAUCUAUUUCUCUCUGUAGAUGCUGUUUGUAAUAUUUAGUUUGGAUGAUAGAAAACAUUUUUUUUUUCUGUCUUGAAUUUUUUGACAGACCAUCUAUGCUGUAGUCAGUUUUUUUUCAAAUGUGACAUUUUAUAUAAUGAUUUCUCAAGACUUUUCUCUCUGGCCUUGACUCGGUUUUACUCGCAGUCAUUAGUACGAUACAGACGCCGUAUCAACACCUCUCUCACCUUGCCUUUUAAAUACAGAAAACCUGCUGUGUUUAUAGCAUUAAAGUAGUUGACACAGUGUAAACGAACCUCUUGCAUUGACGCAGUCACCUAAAUGUUUAUUCAUAAAUGUGAUGCCAGAGGGUUGGGUGUGUUGUGAGGUAAUGAGCACUGUAAGCUGUUAAUGAAACAACAUUCUCCGGAUGAAUCUGUACUGGAAAGCUUUCUGGUGAUGGCUGUAGAUUUUCAUUUAAAAACCCUCACGAAUGUGUUCGGCACCAUGUCACAAUCUACGCUGAGGGAGGUUUUAUAUUUCCAGGACGUUCUUCUAUGUUUGCAUGACCAAACUGAGUGAAACCUGGACGUUCAGGAGCUCCUCUAAGAGCUCCAGUUGCUGCUUACCAGUACCUGCUGGUAUCCCCCAACAUUUCUCAUAACCAUGUAGGGAAUGACUGACCUUCUAGCUCGUCGUCUGCCCUCUGCUUUGGGCAGCUGAGCAGGCUGUUUCUGCUGAAUUGAAGUCCGUAUGGUGGCCUUUUGAAAUUGAUUCCCUCAUCGUUCACCACAGAUAUCAUUUAAAGGCGAUCCAUCGACGUGUUUCAGAUCUACACUCCUGAGUAAAUGUGUAUGCAAUAUAGAAAUAUGUGCUGGGAAAUGUAUUUUGACGCGUUCCUUCAUUUGUAAUGUUCGGUCACUUUUAUUCCGUGUCUUUUAAGACUUGAGCUCUAUGUGCAAAUUGAAACGAGUGUUUUUUAAUUUUAGAUAUGACAUGUCAACUGAUGUGUUUUUGAUAUACUAUAUAUAUAUCUACAGUACCUGUCCAAUGUGUCAUUGUGAAAUAAAAAAAAAAAAUAUGGCUGUUUGGUACAGUUGAUGAACCCAAA